AAGAGAUUAGGAAUAGUUGGUCACCUACACAAUCCAAUUCUCGUUCGUCAGCCCUGGCCUCAACGUUCCUAUAAAAGCCACACUUCUUUCUCCUAAUUCCAGCAAGCUAAUCAAACUAAAGAAGUUGCAAGAUAAUGGCACGCAGAGAGAUGGCGUUGAAUUUUGCUCUGAUCUUAAUGAGCAUGCUAUGGGCAGGAGCCAUGGCUCAAUCUAGUUGUACAAACGUCUUAAUAAGCAUGUCACCAUGCCUGAACUACAUCACAGGCAAUUCUUCAACUCCAUCUUCGCAGUGCUGCACACAGCUUUCUAGUGUAGUUCGCUCUUCCCCCCAGUGCUUGUGUGAGGUUCUAAGUGGUGGUGGCUCAUCACUCGGGAUAAACAUCAAUCAGACCCAGGCCCUAGCCUUACCUGGUGCUUGCAAUGUUCAGACUCCUCCCAUCAGCCGCUGCAAUGCUUCUCCUCCAGCCGCAUCUCCAGCAGGAACGCCAGAAGUUCCAAGUACACCUUCAGGAACUGGAUCUAAAACUGUACCAUCAACAGAAGUAGAUGGCCCUGGAACCUCAAAUGGAAGCCUCAUCAAAAUGUCAAUCACACUGCUAUCAUUCCUUCUCUUUGCAGCCUCAUAUGUUUCAGCCUUCAUGACAUACUGAUUCUCUGAUCAGCUUGUCCACCUUUUACUAUUGCCGCAUCUUGAUACUCCCAGCUAUUAUUUUAAGUAUAGUUUAUUUAUUUCCCUUUGGAUGGGGUGUAUCUAUUAUUUAUUUUUCAUAAUCUCCUCUGAGGUUGGUGUAGUUUUGUAUUACUGAAGAGACUUCUUGCUCUCUUCCCUUUGCAAUAAAAAUAUUUAGUGUAUGCAU